GGACUCUCCCGGCCGCCCUUUGCACGGGGCGGGCGGAGGCGCUGGCAGCCGGCGGGCAUGGAGGUGCUGUGGGCGGCGGGGGGGCUCCUGCUGGCCCUGUCGCUCCUGGCCUUCGUCCUGUACUGCUGCUACGUGCAGUACGUCCACGCCAAGUACGACCACAUCCCCGGCGCCCCGCGGGAGAGCUUUUUCUUUGGACACCUGCCAAUCAUAUGGAGAAUGGUGAGGAAACAGGAGUUUACACCAGAUCUCUUGCUGCAGUGGGCAGAGAAAUAUGGACCUGUUGUACGAAUGAAUGCCUUUCACAGAGUCUCAGUAUUGAUUGUGAGCCCUGAAGGAGUGAAGGAGUUCUUGAUGUCACCACAGCACCCAAAGGAUCCAAUUGUGUAUGGUAAUCUCUUCAGCCUAUUUGGUGAGAGGUUUCUAGGGAAUAGUUUGGUAACUGUUUGCAACCAUGAGCAUUGGCACAAGCAGCGGAGGAUAAUGGAUCCAGCUUUCAGCCGAAGCUACCUGAUUGGUCUGAUGGAAACUUUUAAUGAAAAAGCAGAAGAGCUGAUGGAGAAGCUAGAGGAAAAGGCAGAUGGAAAAACAGAGUUUAGCAUGCUGUCAAUGAUGAGCCGGGUGACUAUGGAUGUCAUUGGAAAGGCAGCCUUUGGCCUGGAACUGAAUGCACUGAGUGAUGACCAGACGCCUUUUCCUAACGCUGUGACUAAGAUUAUGGAGGGACUGAACAAGGCACGCGACCCCUUCAUAAAGUUCAUGCCAGGGAAGCGGAAGCUGGUAAAGGAGAUCAGGGAGAGUGUGAAGCUGUUGAGACGUGUGGGGAAGCAGUGCAUUGACCAGAGGAGAGAAGCCAUUGAGAAUGGGAAAGAAGCUACAAUGGAUAUUCUUACACAGAUACUGAAAGGAGAUGCUCUGGAGAAGACUAGAGAUGAUGAAAACAUUCUGGAUAACUUUAUCACUUUCUUUGUUGCAGGUCAUGAAACCAGUUCCAAUCAGAUGACAUUUACAGUAAUGGCACUGGGUCAGCAUCCUGAAAUACUGGAAAGGGCUCAGGCUGAAGUGGAUGAGGUUCUUGGUGCCAAGAGAAACGUUGACUAUGAGGAUCUUGGCAAGCUCACCUAUUUAUCUCAGGUUUUGAAGGAGUCACUGCGGCUGUACCCGCCCGUCUCGGGGACGCUCCGAAGGCUGGAGAAGGAGCAUGUCAUCAAUGGCAUCAGAAUUCCUGCAAACACCACUAUCUUUCUCAACACUUAUGUAAUGGGAAGGAUGGAAAAGUUUUUCAAGGAUCCAUUUACUUUUGAUCCAGAGCGAUUCAGCAAAGAUGCACCUAAGCCAUAUUACUGCUAUUUUCCAUUCUCUCUGGGACCCCGAUCCUGCAUCGGGCAGGUGUUUGCACAGAUGGAGGUAAAAGUGGUGAUGGCAAAGCUGCUGCAGAGGUUUGAAAUACAGCUGGUGCCAGGACAGAGUUUUAAACUCAUAGAGGCUGGAACUAUAAAGCCACUAGAUGGAGUAAUAUGUAAAUUAAAGCCAAGGAGCUCUGCAAGAGGCUGCCAGGCAUGACUGCUCAGGGAGGGGAGCAUGGCGUGCUACUGGUAGUGUUUCUUCUGAUUUUGAAGAUCUUGACACUAAUCAAAGGUUAAAUUUUGUAGACCCUUUUAGAGAAUUACUAGACUGAAAUUAUUUCUAACCUUCCUUAUAAUUUAUUGAAGAAAACCUUACAAGAGUCACUCUUCUGAGCAUCUUCAGUCUGGAAGUGUACCUGGAAUUGCCAAGUUUGUUCUUUUUCCCUGGGGGCUAUUUGAUUCUGACCAGACUUGGAAAAGGGCAUCCUUUCACUGGGGUAUCCCUGGAGUGCCACACAAACCUACACACCAAUCCCAGCUCAUGGUUUCCACUAAGCUUAUAUACAACACAACAUGGUCUCAGUAAGCCCUUGUUUGAGGAGUGUCUUACACAAUGAAAUCAGAAAAGAGUAGAGCAUAGAUUUGGGCUGAAUUUGAGAAGAGAUGUUUGGAGACAGUCUCUGGGUCAAAGCAUUUUUUCUAUCCCUGCUCCAAAUGUGAAUAACAAUUGAUAACAACAAUCUGAAAAAAACCUCAGAAAAUCAGAGUCUGAGGCUGCUACUUCUUCCUGCUGCUAAUGCCUGAUUUUUAUUCAAUCUCUUCAACUUUUCUUUUGAUGUUAUGCAGAGCACAGAUUCCCAGUCCACACUGCAGAAAGGGACUAUCCUGCUUCCUCCUACACUUCCACACAGCCUGUGCUCAUUCUUCUGAGACACUCUUCUUUGUGGGGAAAGUCUUGCUGUGUUUAUUUUAACCUGGAUCUUUAUUUUCCCCAUUAUGUUUGCCACAAAGCUACAGUAACACUUUCACCAGAUGGUCUAGUAGGGCUGGAAAUAAGUGUCUGAACUAAAUGCUGCUUAAAAGGGUGUUACCACUGAAGAAAUGUGUCUGCAGUUUGAGCCAGAGACAGGAGAAGGAAGGUCCUGCACCCCCUUCUUCUGCAGAUGUGCCUGAAUAGCUCACUGCAUGUAGGCUUGCAGCCAGGCUCUGCUAGGGAGAAAAAACUAUAAUUUGAAAAUGCUGCCUUCCAGAAGUGUGGAUACCUAAUAGGAGUUUGGGCCUCCUCUAUCAUGAAAUACAGAGAAUUAAAGGUAAUUGAUAAUGGCA